AUGGAUUCCGACGAUUCCGACGAUUCCGACGAUGUUGAAAUCCAAGAGUUCUGUAAGAAAAUAUGUUUUGUGUGGAAAAUGGGUAACAUUUUACAGACAUGUUCAUCAGACUGAUCAUGUCCGUGGCACUGAAAAGAAGGGAAUGGAAGAAGAAAAAGCAGGAGUCUGAGAAGAAAGAAGUUGAAGCGAAGAGGAAAUUGUUCAAGAAAGAGAAGACUGAGAGUUUUAAGAAGUACUGUCGGCGACUUCGUUCUCUUCCCCACUUGUACAAGGUAUUUCAUUGCUUGGUUUUCUGAAAUCAAUUUCCGUCCAGGAAGAAGUCUUCGUUCCUGGAGAAGUAGUCGAACGGGUGAUGGAAGCGAUCGAAAGCGACGGAAUCGCGGAAAACUGGACCUUUUCUGCUCAUGAACAGUCAGUGAUGUACCUCCAGUUUGCCACGUCCGGUAAGCAUUUGAAUAGUUUUUGCCACGAACUACAGCAAAAUACUUGAGGACAAUCAUUCGGCUGCAUGAGAAGACGAAUCGGCGCAUCGAAAUCGACUAUUUCUUCGAUCGUGAAGCGCGUCUCGCGGGUCAUCAUUCAACAUAUUCCAACCGUUCGCUUACCAUCGUCGCCUUCGGAAUGGCGAGAAAUUGAGGAGACAUUCGUCAGGCGAGGGUUGCUGAGAUGCAUUGGGUGUCUCGACGGCAAGCACGUCCGAGUGAAGGCGCCUCCUGGAACCGGAUCGUUGUUCUACAACUACAAAAGUUACUUCAGCAUUUCCAUGUUGGCGUUAGCCGAUGCAGAUCUCCGCUUCCGAUAUUUGGAUAUUGGUAUAGUUACUGAACACUAUCAUUAAUCAAAUUGCCUCUUUUUCCAGGUGCUCCCGGAAGUGUCAGCGACACGUCCAUUUUCAAUAGAACGUUUCUGAAGACUAUCCUCGACACCCGAGCCACUUUACCACCGCCCGUGCACUACAACGAUCACCUUGUGCUCCCGUCGUUCGUCUUGGCGGAUGGCAUUUUCGCACUGACGCCGACUUUGAUGAAGCCUUUCGGACGAGCCCAGCUCACCCAUGAGCAAACAAUUUUUAAUCGAAUCCUGUCAAAUUCUAGAGUUCGAGUAGAGCAUGCUUUCGGCGUUCUCGCUUCCCGCUUCCGCGUUUUGCACUCUCAAAUCGAACUUCCAUAUUCCGAUGCUGUUAAUUUCGUUUCUUCCCUUGUGCAUUUGCACAAUUUACUCAUUCCUCCAUUUGUCGGACCGUUGGAGCCUGUUGUGGAAGCCGCCACUGAGCAGUUCCACGACGGCAAAGACCAACGAGAAGCAUUACUCGAUUUUUUGAUUAACUAA